UUCCACCAACAUUAUUCCCCCUCUCUUCACCGUCAUCUUCUCCCCCAUCAAAACCCCAAAGCCAAAAGAAAUGCCUCCACCACAACAAUGAAGGAGAAACCAGAGAAUCCCUUUUCUCCUCCAAGCUUCUCGUCGGAAAAGAUGAGACCUUUACUUCUCUUCUUCUUCCUCUCCCUCUUGCCCCGACCCGGAUCCGCCACCGACGCCCUGACCGCCGAUCAAUCCUUAGUCAACAACCAGACCCUCCUCUCCGCCGGCCAGAUUUUCGAGCUGGGCUUCUUCACCCCGGGGAAAUCCGGCAACUGGUACCUCGGAAUUUGGUACAGGAACAUCCCCGAGCGAACCUACGUCUGGGUCGCCAACAGAGACGACCCGAUCCGAAACCCUUCCGCCGCCGCCCUCCGAAUCGCCAACGGAACCCUCGUCCUCCUCCCCGACCAACGCGCCAACAACAAUCCCGUCUGGUCGGCGAACCGGACGGCGUCGGAAAACCCAGUCGCCCAGCUUCUGGACACCGGGAAUCUCGUCCUGAGGGAUCCGAACCAGUCGGGUCGGAUCCUAUGGCAGAGCUUCGAUUACCCGACGGACACUCUGCUUCCGGGGAUGAAAUUGGGCUGGGAUCUAACCACCCGAUUCAACCGGUUUCUCAAUUCCUGGGCCGCACCCGAUAACCCAGGAACCGGGAAAUUCUCCUUCAAAUUGAACUACACCGGUUUCCCGGAGGUCUUUCUAUUCGAUUCGUCCAGCAUCGAGUACCGGAGCGGGCCGUGGAACGGGUUGCGGUUCAGCGGCGUACCCGAAAUGCAACCCCUCAAUUACAUCUCCUUCGAAUUCGUCACGGCGAGCAGAGAGGUCUACUACUCGUUCCACGUGUCCUCCGACACGAUCUACUCCCGGUUGUCGGUCACCCCGGACGGGGUUCUCCGGCGGUACACGUGGAUCCCCGACAUUGGCCAGUGGAAGCCGUUCUGGUACGCGCCCAAGGAUCAGUGCGACAGCUACAGGGAGUGUGGGGCCUACGGGAUCUGCGAUUCGAAUGCGUCGCCGGUCUGCAAGUGUAUGCGCGGGUUCCGGCCGAGGAACCCGGAGGCGUGGAAUUUGAGGGACGGGUCGGGCGGGUGCGCCCGGGAGACCGAUUUGGAUUGCCCGAGGGACAAGUUUUUGAGGAUGAGGAACAUGAAGCUGCCGGAGAGCGCGGCGGCGGUGGUCGAUAGGGGAUUGGGGUUGAAGGAGUGCGGGGAAUUGUGCGCCGGGAACUGCUCGUGUACGGCGUAUGCGAGCGCGAAUGUCUCCGGCGGCGGGUCGGGUUGUGUGGUUUGGUUCGGUGGGUUGGUGGAUAUGCGGCAGUACCCGGAAGGCGGGCAGGACCUUUACGUUCGUUUGGCGGCUUCCGAUGUUGGCAAUGAUGGGACCAUGGGAGGAUUCAUUAUUGGGCUAUCAGUUGGACUUUGUGUCUUUCUCUUGUUGCUCAGUGGCUGCCUCGUGUGGAAAAGGAAGAGAUUGAUUAGUGCUUUCCGGGGCCAGAAGAACGACCACAAAGUGAGAAGAUUGGGAUUGCCAGAAAGAAGCCAGGAUUUCAUGUUGAAUGACGUCGUGAUCUCGAGCAAGAGGGAUCAUUCGGGCGAGAGGAACGUGGACGAGCUGGAGCUCCCGUUGUACGAUUUCGAGACAAUGGCGGUUGCCACGGGCAACUUCUCUGAUGAUAACAAGCUUGGUCAAGGUGGAUUUGGUGUUGUAUAUAAGGGUCGGUUGUUAGAAGUAGAAGGGCAAGAAGUAGCUGUGAAGAGGCUGUCGAGAAAUUCAGGGCAGGGAUCGGAGGAGUUCAAGAACGAGGUUAAGCUGAUCGCGAAGCUUCAACAUAGGAACUUGGUUCGACUCAUGGGUUGUUGCAUCGAGAUGGAUGAGAAGAUGCUCAUAUACGAGUACAUGGAGAAUAGAAGCUUGGACUCCAUCAUAUUCAGUAAAUCAAAGAGCAAGUUACUAAAUUGGGAAAGGCGGUUCAAUAUAAUCUGUGGGAUUGCCAGAGGACUUCUGUAUUUACACCAAGAUUCCAGGUUCAGAAUCAUCCACAGAGAUCUCAAGGCAAGCAACAUUCUCUUGGAUGGAGAGUGGACUCCAAAGAUAUCCGAUUUCGGCAUGGCUAGAAUCUUUGGCAGCGAUCAGACAGAAGCCAACACCAGGAGAGUCGUAGGGACAUAUGGCUACAUGUCUCCGGAGUAUGCAAUGGACGGACUGUUCUCCAUCAAAUCGGACGUGUUCAGUUUUGGAGUUCUCGUGAUUGAGAUUGUGACGGGGAAGAAGAAUCGAGGGUUCUAUAAUCCCAACGACGAACUUAACCUCCUCGGACAUUGCUGGAAGUUGUGGAAAGAAGGCAAAGGGCUUGAACUACUCGACGCAGCAGUUGGUAAUGUAUACUCGGCCUGUGAAGUUCUGAGAUGCAUUCAGGUCGGGCUGUUGUGCGUCCAGGAGCGAGCAGAGGACAGGCCGACGAUGGGAUCGGUGGUGCUGAUGCUGAACAGUGAGACAGCAACCAUGCCUCAGCCUAGAACACCAGGGUUUUGUGUUGGGAGGAGCCCUCUGGAAACUGACUCGUCGUCUGGGAAACAAGACGUGACUUUUACUGUUAACCAGGUUACAUGUACCAUGCUAGAUGCUCGGUGAAAAAAAGGGAAGAAAAGAAGGAAAUUUAACUGGACAGGUUUAUGUGUUCAUGUUCAAGAUGAUGAUAAUGCUAGGCUGGUGAGGAUGGAGGGAUUCAGAUCAUCUUUGGUAAUUCAUGGCGAAAAAUGUUCGUUGUUUAAAGAUUUUGAAGGCGUAUUCGUUAAUGGAUGCAACAGCUUAGGAAGGAGGGAUGAGAAAAGCUUGCUUAGUAGCUUGGCGUGGCCCUUAGACAAAACUGUAAAUCUUCAUAUAAGUUUGUUUUUCCUUCUUUUUAAAAAGAAACUAUGGAAGGAUUUGUAGUUUUUGUUGUUGUUUCGAUUGUGAAAGGGGAAGCUGUAUAUGGUUUUUGGUCUUGUGGGUUCUUAUUCUUUUCGAUUGGAGGGAUGAAGAUUUGUUGUUUCAUGGAAGCAGUUUGGUGUCAUUGUGUAACUUACUGACGGGUUAAGCACUUCCACAGAUGAGACCACCACAGCGUGGGUUGGUUUUGUGGGAAAAAGGGGAAAUGUGACCACAGUGUGGGGGAAUAGGGGAUUAAAUGAGUUUUGUGGGUUUAGUGGGUGGGAAAACCCACCAGAUGAGACAAAUGGUGGGGGGAAAGGGGAAGGGGUG